AUGAAUUUCGGAACACAGCCAUAUAUCCAGAUCCAGUUCCGUGUAGCCGUGGUUUGGUUUGAUUUCGUGUAAUUGCGUGUAAAAGUGCGUUGUAUGAAGUUGUAUGUUAUAAUCGCAGAAGAUCGUGAGAAAGAAAUAUUCGUGCUUCGCGCACGAAUUCAAGUAAACUUUAAUGCAGAUCACUUUUGAACAAGACUCUGUUGCAAUUCUACUUUAAAUAUGUUUGGGCAAACCGGAAAUACAUCGUUCAGUGGAUUUAGCGCACCAACGCAGAACAGUCUGUUUGGCCAGUCUGCUUUUGGUAAACCCAUUACUACGACAAGUUUUGGUAGUGGCGCAACACCCGUCUUUGGUAGUAGCAAUACUUCACUCUUUAGUUCUAAGCCUACAGGUUCUACUACAGGUGGCUUGUUUGGAAAUACCACAACGCCACCGGCAUUUAGACAGCCAACUAAUACUCAACCAUCCUUCGGAGGCUUUGGAACAACAAAUACAAGCACCAAUCUUUUUGGCACCCAACAAAAUGCAGGGACAAACCUUUUUGGUACGACUACAGGAACUUCAGCAUUUGGUCAAGCAAACAAACCUGGCUUCAACUUUGGCACAACAUCCGGAACCAAUCUAUUUGGACAGCCACAGCAGAAUCCGCAACAAACUACUCCGUUUGGUCAAGCUAAUACUACCACAAAUACAAAUCUCUUUGGUACAACUACAGGUUUUGGUAAUACCAAUCCCACUACUGUACCAGCUGGUACCGCGGUAAAAUUCACACCUGUCAUUACAACUGAUUCUAUGUCAAAAAAUGGAAUAUCACAUACUAUAUCAGCCCGUCACUGUUGCAUUGCAUCUAUGAAGGAAUAUGAAUCCAAAUCGUACGAGGAGUUACGUUUUGAAGAUUAUCAAAUUGGAAGAAAAGGUCCACAAACUGGUCUUUUUGGGACAUCGGCACAGACGUCGCCGUUUGGUAGCACAACGGCUGGUACUAGCACAGCUAACACAGGAUUUGGACCGAUGGCCGGAGGAUUCGGUACCCCCAACCAAUCGGGAUCGACCGGACUAUUUGGAAAGCCCAUUAGCAAUUUUGGAACACCAGCGACUACGACGACCAGCAGUUUUGUAUUUAAUUCUCCGCCCCCCACUACAAAUCUGUUUGGUACUAAUACUCAAACAAAGCCAUUUGGAACAGCUGCCCCGACGCCUCUUUUUGGCACAUCCAGUACUAAUCAAACUGCUGGAACUGGUUUUGGUAGUAUUAAUACUGCACAAAAUACGGGAUUUGGAUCUGCAUUUGGUUCUACACAACCUAAUCAGAGUAUUGGAUUGUUUAAUCAGAACAAAUCUGCUUUUAAUAUUCCAUCGACGUCAACUACCACUGGCUUCACUGGUUUCGGUCAGCCGGCUACUAAUUCCACUACAUUAUUUGGUAAUAAAACUACCACUACUGGAUUUGGAGGAACAUCUACUUUUGGUACGACCGCACCAUCUACAUUCGGAACCAAUACAGGUUUCAAUCCUGGCUCUAAUGCUGGGUCUUCAUUGUUUAACUCGUCAUUCAAACCAGCGGGACAAACGCCAGCAUUUUCUUUUGGAGCUACACCCGCGUCUUCAACUGGACUUGGUACGAAUACUGGUUUGAACUUGGGCAGUGGUUCUUCAUUAUUUGGACAACAAAAACCAGGCAGUCUGUUCGGAAAUACUGGGAACAAUAUGACGUUUAACAACCCUGGAACAUUCGGAUCUUCUACUUUUGGAGCAAGCUCCAACAUGAUGUCUGGAACAGGAAUGGGCUUGAUUAACGGAGGGGUUGUGUCAAAUCAAGCUAAGACAAAUGGUUCAGUACCAGUACAUCAACAAAUCUUGGCUCUUGUUUCCGCCCCAUUUGGUGAUUCACCAUUAUUGAAGAAUCUUUUACCGGCAUCUGGAAAGACCGAGGAACUCUUAAAACCUACGAAUCCAACAUCGAAAGUACUGAACAGUCCGCAAUACAGAGUUACUGCCAAUAACAAAUCUCCGAAGAUCAAAGCGAGAGUCGUCAGUUCUUCGCAACUGUCUAAGAAAUCUUUGUUCGACGGUCUCGAAGAAGAAGAUCCCGUAAUAACCGAGGCUUUUCAACCCCGGCCAAGCGCGAAACGUUUGGUGUUGCGACCAAAGUCGGCGACAAAUUCCUCGGUUCAAUCGCCCAUAGAAAACGGAGAAUCCAUAACGAGAAAUUGUACUGCAGAUGACAGGACAGAUACGUCAAAUGUAAUACAUAGUAACAAUAUCGAAGUCAACGACAAAGAAAAUCAUAGCCAAGAUAAUAAUCGACUUGUGAAUGAUCGACGGUCGUCUACAUCUUGGUUAAAAUCCACACUUCCGCGGAAAAAUAAAAUUUUGGAUGACGAAUUGCUCGAGGGACAGCGAUCGCCUUUUUCUGGAACAAAUGUAUCCGAUGAGGUGAAUAAUACGGUGGCCGAAUUGAGAUCACAGAAUAAUAUAUCGAAUCAUUCGGAAACAAUUAAUUCGAUCGAGGUGCCAUUAAACUCUACUUUUGAAGAGAAAAACUCAGCAAAUCUUACCAUGCCAAAUGCAGAAUCUGGCCAAGAAGCAGACGAGAGCUCGUUUUCUAUUCUACAAUCAAACUGGAGUAUGAACAUUGCUAAAAUUACAUUACGACGAGCAGGCUAUUAUACUAUUCCACCUCUCGACAAAUUAGACGAAUUUGUUUGUGGCGAGACGUGCAUUGUACCGAACUUUACCAUCGGCCGCGAGGGUUACGGCAACGUAUACUUUCCGGAUUCAUUCGAUGUGUAUGGUUUGAACCUCGAUGAAAUUGUUCACUUUCGUCAUAAGGAGGUAAUCAUCUAUCCCGACGAUGAAAAAAAGCCACCAGUGGGACAAGGUCUGAAUCGAAGAGCGCAGGUCACCCUGGACAAAGUGUGGCCGCAUGACAAGUCACUGCAUGAGCCGAUUACGGAUCCACAGCGACUUGCUGCGAUGAACUAUGAAGGAAAAUUGCGCCGAGUGUCCGCGAAGCAUGACACCCGCUUCCUCGAGUAUCGACCAGAGACUGGUUCGUGGGUUUUUAAAGUUGACCACUUUUCCAAGUAUGGUCUCAGCGAUUCAGACGAGGAUGACAAUCAAAUCUCGUCGACUUCGGAAGCGAAGAAACUGAAGGGAUUUCCCGCGCCCGUGCAAAAAGGCGUGGGUAAGUCCAUUGAUCCAUCCGCGGGGAUGAAUAAGGAGGCGAUUAAUGGAAUGGCCAUCAACGGAACGCUUGACGGUACGAAGAUUGGAAACAGCAAGCAACCAAGUGCAGUUGAGGAUUUUUUAGGAAAGACUCCAAUCAUCCGUUUUGCUUACAAUGAUCGCAGUUACGAUGAGCGAGGAAUGAUUAUCAGUCCGAUUGGGGAGACCUCGUUUGGUCGUUCUGAUUUUAUUCGCGGGGAUUAUAGUUACGAGAAACGGAUAACUGUCAGUCCAGUUGGUGAUAAUGCUCGAGUCGCUGGUACUGAUAGCCACAAGUUGCAGCUCAUGAAGGCCAGCUUCUUUGAUGCAAACGAUGAAGACAUAAAUGAAGAAGAAACGAGCAAUGGCAUAUUUCCCUCCGUGCAGAAAACCCUAAUACGCUACUUCUCGGACGUUACGGAGGCCAAGAGCGAUCAAGAAGCUCCAUACAACGCUACGACGUUAUGCGCGACUCUCGUGAAUGAAACGUUUUCUACGCCACUCCCGGAGAAUCUGGCGCUUUGCGCAUCUAGAAGAUCGCAUCUGCCUCGUAUCGGCGCGCAAGAUAAACAGUUGAUCAUCGAAAAGAUUGUUUCGCCGUGUGUAGUUACGCCGAUCACGAGCGUGCUGAAGUAUCAUUAUGAAGUUGUGCCGCUUAAGGAGUCCAGGUUGAAUAGGUUGCGAUUUCGCUGCGUUGCUGACGCCGGUGUAUAUAUGGGUCGGACGUUUCGACCCAGUUGGGGCGCUGGACUGACGCUGUUGUCACUGAGCACGCAGGAGCAAGCGACUAAAAUGCAGCUACGGAGUGCAUUUAGUCAUUUAAGUCGCUAUGUCUCUGGUCGUCCUGUUGACGACGUCUCGUCGACGGUGAUCGUUCAACGCCUGCAGAUUUUAGGCGGUGAUGAAUACGACGCAAAAACGUUUAGGGACAGUAUAGAACGUCACCUGAGAAUCCAGCUAGAUCAUUGCGUGAUAGGUCACGAAGAGGACUGUCCUACAUUUAAUGUGGCGACUGACAAUGCGAACGAGGCAUUGCAGUUGCAUUGUACGCUGGCGCAAGAUUUCGCAGAAAAAGAGCAAAGACCAAGUGAGGACACCAACGACGAGCAGAUACAAGGUAGCGGUGCCAACGAGAGAUCGUUCCGUCAAUACGCGAGUAUCGUGUGGACUCUGUGCGUGGCGCUCUGGGGAAAUUACGCCAGUCAAGACACAGUUAAUAAUGCUAACGAGGAACACUACAACGUCAUGAUGAGAAGGGAGGCCGUGGGCGGGUGGCUAAGGAAUGUAGUACAGAGAUCGGUUGAACGGGAAAUCAAAAGCAUUGACAGUGAAGCAAAGAGUUCCCAUGAGAAGACGAUACUGUCGCUACUCUCUGCUUGCAAGUUAGAAGAUGCCUGCCAGGAAGCGCGGAAGGCCGGGGACCAUUGUUUGGCGUUGCUGAUGGCGCAACUGCGAAGUGGCGCAAUGGUGAAAAAGUUGAUCAAGCAGCAGCUUGCACUGUGGCAGGAGACCGACGUAGAUGAAAAUCUCACAAUUGAUCGUUUGAAACUGUUUAUGCUAGUAGCGGGCGAGCCGCUUAUCUCUAGUAAGCACGGUACCAUCAACGUGUGUGAGGAUCUGGACUGGAAGCGCGCCUUCGCUAUCCAUCUGUGGUACCUAUCGCCGCCGACCUGUUCGAUUACUGAUGCCUUGGACCUCUACGAGGCAUCGUUCAACACGACGGAAGCCCAAAUGUACACUGCGAUGCCUGAACCUGAGUACAGAGAGAAUGAUUACGACGCCGAGUUGAGUAACGGCAAGCGGAUAUAUGAUCUCUGCUUUCAUCUCUUGAAGUUGUACUGCACUGGAAAUCACGAUCUGGGCGAGCUUCUGAAUCCGUUGUCGUACACCGCUAAUCCCUUAGAUUACAGAUUGAGCUGGUUGAUGCAACAAACACUUGUGGCAUUGGGCUACACUCAUCUUUCUGACCAUGUUGCCGCGUUAACACAUAUAAAUUUUGCGACUCAACUGGAGGCGCAUGGACUUUGGCAUUGGGCGAUCUUUGUGGUGUUGCAUCUACGAGAUUCGUCUAGACGUCGAACUGCCGUGCAAAAUCUGUUGUUACGUCAUAUAGAAAUAGACGAUACCCCGGAAUACGUGAAGCGCGAGCAGUUCUUAAAGGAGGAGCUUGGUAUAUCGUCAGUUUGGAUUCAUCAGGCUAAGGCCAUCAAAAGUAGCAUUAAUAAGAGAUACGGCGAAGCAGCUUGGUACUACAUCCAGGCGGAACAAUGGACCCAAGCUCAUGAAAUUAUUAUAGAGCAUUUGGCGGCUGAUGCUAUAAUAAAUGAAAACUACGAUUAUUUGAAAUCAUUGUUAAGCUCACUAAUAGCAGCCGAAUGUAGCGGCACAAUUAGCGGAUGGUCGCAUCAGGGGCAGCUCUUGUGGGAGUACAUGGAAAUAACUAGCGAGAUCCAAAGUUUGUUGAAGUCUGAUCCGGAUUAUUGUGGACUAACUUAUCAAUUGGAGGCGCUGAAGCCACGAUUAACGGACCUGUGUCAUAAAAUCGAUCAAUUCCCGUGCCCAACUGCUAAACACAGAUUGUGCCAGGCUGAAAUUGCAAAGAGAACUCUACACUUGGCUAGAAACUUGUUGUUGCUGCAGAAGAACGAACAGAGAUCCGUCACAAAACUGUUAGUCCGUUUAAUAUCUCAGCUACCCUUACCGGAGGAUUAUGCGCAACAAGAACUGCGACCCAUUGUUAAUAUGCGCGUAGCAGAAGUAAUACCGUAGUGCAAAUGUGAAAUAAUAUGCGCGCGCGCGCGCACACACACAUACACACACACACACACACACACACACACACACACACACACACACACACACACACACACACACACACACACAACAUACACAAGUUAAUAUUGAUCGUGUAGUUGUAAAGUUCUUAUAUUAACAAAAAGUCUUAUUUUUGUCUUUUCCCGUACAUGCGUCUACAGCCGUAAGUAAGCCUGAGAUUUUUCGAAGGAUUUUUCCUGAUAUAAGCAGUAAUAGCAAAUUACGCAAUUUAUACAGUAGAUUUGUAAAGCUGAAAAUUAUAUAAGCACAUAGCAAAAUAUAUUGAUGUGUGAUACUAUUUAAGUCUUUCUUACAUUUUUUAUCGAUUCACGUACAAAAUUAUCUCGUGUUUUAGGGAACGUAUGUGACUGACUGUAUGAAGGUACAGGAUGUUUGAGUAUAAAGGGGGGGGGGAUGGGCGGUCUCUCUUUUCUCAGUUUUUUCUCAUAAUGUUUGAUGUGCGUAUAUUAAUAUACGCGUACAUGAAACAUUUUUUUUAGAAAUGCUUAUUUUUCGAUAUAUUUAAGGGGUCCGAGACUUUUCUAACACUCUGUAUAAUCAAAUGUAACUAAUUGAUUGAAAAGAAAUGUGAACGACAAUGAUUUUAUGCUACGUGCAGAAAUAUUUCUAUUAUGUAUAUCGUGGAUUUUUUCUUAUAUAAUUUGUAUUGUCGCGCCAGUAUAAUGCGGACUUGUCAUAUUAGGUACCUUUUAGGAUACACAAUUACACAGACACGUGAAAAGCGGCAACUUGUAUUAUAUGAUGCACUUAUCAUAUAAUAUGUGUAUAAUCAUUACGUUUCCACAUUUUGAUUUGUCUUAUUCAUUUUUCGCAUAUUAAUUACGAGAGAUUUUGUUAAAGGGUAACAAUUUUAAUUAUUGCACGAGUGUAAAUUGCAUGUAACGGACUUGUAUAUUACAUUAAAAAUUAGACGUGUUUGGAGAAAUGUACUCCGCAAAAACUUAUAUAGUGUUGCGUACAUAACAGUUUUCCAUUAUUAAAUAGUAGAAUAAACCGUCUGUAAGAGGUAAGAAGGAAAUUCAAUUACACAAUUACAGUUACGAGAAAUAGUAAGAUACAUGUUAUGUGUAAAGAAUAUUUGUAUAAAUAAAAUCAAAUUUUCACUCUUUUAAAA